GAUCUUGCGGACCACAUGGACGCAAUGAACAGAAGUUGGACUGAUGGCAUUUUAAUUGCUGACAGUGGGUAUGCCUGUUCUCGUGUCAUGAUGACACCAUACAGAGUGGCCGAUACUCAGCAGAAAAUUAAUUUCAACCGGGCACACUCAAGGACAAGGGUUGCUGUGGAAAUGGCUUUUGGUCGCUGGAAGCGACGAUUCGGAAUUCUACAUGGAGAGCUACGUCUGAAGCCAGCUAAAGCGUCUAAGGUCACUGUAGCCUGUGCUGUACUCCACAACCUUGCCAUCGACCUGAAGGAGCCUGAUGUGGAUGACGUUGUUCCUGUUGCGCGACAGCCAGGCGAAGAUUACAGAGGAAAGGAGCAGGGGCAGGCCAUAAGAGAUCAUAUUGCUAGAGCAUACUUCAAUUAAUAUAGGAUAAUUGUUUUUUUUCAAUGUAAGAUCUAUUUCAACAAGUUAGCAUCAAAAGAUAAAUUU